AUGGCAGCCUCCUUGUUUCGAUGUUAUUUGCUGGUCGGCAAGCAUCGUUUGGCCUUCUGUUCCCGGCCUCUGGUGCCCUUAACUUGGAGAGGAGAUGCUGACAGGUUACCAAGGAGUCCAGCAGCAGCACUGCAGGUACGGUAUGCCUCAGGUCGUAAAGGUUUCCUGGGAGAGUUUGUGGACAACCUUCGUCAGGAGUUCAGUAAGAAUCAAGAGAUGAAGGAGAACAUCAAGAGGUUUCGAGAAGAGGCCAAGAGGCUGGAGGAGUCUGAUGCACUCCAACAAGCACGGAGGAAAUAUAAAUCUAUAGAGGCUGAAACGGUGAAGACAUCGGAAGUUUUUAAAAAGACAUUGGGCUCUUUGUCCGAAACCAUGAAGGAGAGCAUUGAGGAGGUGAGUCGUACGGACAUUGGGAAGAAAAUCAAGGAAAGUGUGGAGGAAGCGGCCCGCAGCGCCAUGCACUCUGCUGAGACUGUUUCAAAGGGAGGAGAACGACUGGGCAAGACCAGCGCCUUCCAAGCUAUUUCACAGAGUGUUGAGUCCAUGAAGAAGGAAAUGGAUGUUAAUGAUGCGGGACCUUACAGAGCUCCCCCACAGCUGAGGAAAAGGAGUGAUUUUUCCUCAAAGGGAGCAGAUGGUGACACCAGAGUAUUUGAAGCCAAUGAGGAAGCUUUAGGUGUUGUUCUUCACAAGGACUCAAAAUGGUACCAGCAGUGGAAGGAUUUCAAAGACAAUAACAUGGUUUUCAACAGGUUCUUUGAGAUGAAAAUGAAAUAUGAUGAAAGUGAUAACGUCCUGGUCAGAGCAUCCAGAGCUGUGACUGACAAAGUUACCACCGUCCUAGGUGGUCUUUUCUCCAAGACGGAGAUGUCUGAGGUGCUGACGGAGAUUGUGAAGGCGGAUCCUAAAUUUGACAAGGACUCUUUUCUCAAACAGUGUGAGAAAGAUAUCAUCCCAAACAUAUUGGAGGCUAUGAUUCGUGGAGAGCUGGAUGUAUUGAAAGACUGGUGCUAUGAAGCGACAUACAGUCAGCUGGCCCAUCCAAUCCAACAAGCUAGAGCUUUGGGGUUGCUGUUCCAGUCCAAAAUCCUUGAUAUUGACAACAUUGAUUUGGCAAUGGGGAAGAUGAUGGACCAGGGCCCAGUUCUAAUCAUCACCUUCCAGGCCCAAGUUGUCAUGGUUUUACGUAGUCCCAAAGGAGACAUUGUGGAAGGGGAUCCAGAGAAGGUAUUAAGGACAAUGUAUGUUUGGGCGCUUUGUCGCGACCAGGAGGAGCUGAACCCCAACGCGGCGUGGAGACUCCUUGACAUCUCCGCAUCCAGCACUGAACAGGCUCUCUAG